AUGCACUCCCACCAGCGACCCGAGGGGUUAUAUGUGAUCUUGAUAUGGGAGGAGCUCGGCCGAUCGCGCUUAAAUGCCUUCCGAGGGAAAUUGGCAGAGUUGAUCAAGGGUCUCCUGUCAGCUAAGAUGAUCAACCACUCAAGAUCUCCAUGGGCAUCGCCGAUCGUCGUGAUCAUCAAGAAGAAUGGUCUGAUGGUUUACCCGAUGCCGCUGAUCAACGAUCUUCUGGAGGAUCUCGAGUCUACAUUGUGGUACAGAUUACGACACAUUGAUGUGACGCGCAAGAUUUUCUUGUGUAUAGUGAAAAGGACGGAUCGGGCCCACCUGAUCUCGGCCUUUAUCACCCCAUUUGGACUUUUCGAGUGGAAUCGGAUGCCUUUGGGGCUGAAGAAUGCGCCGCAGAUCUACCACCGGAUGAUCGACAACGCCUUGGAUGGGUUCACUCGGAUCCCGAAAACAGCAGAUGAUCCGGAGGUCUGGAAAUAUUUCAAAGUCGGAGAACAGGAAAAUCCGGGCAAACCAUCGGUGUUAGGACGCAGAUCCUACAUCGACGACAUCUUUGUACCACCGGAUAAUUGGGGUUGGCUAUGUGACCGAGUCGAAGAUCUUCUGGAGGCGUGCAACAAAUGGAACUUGUCGAUCAGCGUUGUCAUAAGUUUCUGGGGCAUGUCCAAGGUGGAAUAUCUCGGUCACAAGGUAUCACACGAUGGACUGGAGGCGAAUCCGAAGGAUCUUUCGGCGUUGACGGAUCUAGAGUUUUCCAGGUCUCUGCGUGCCAUGCAAUCCUUUUUGAGCAGGCUGAACUAUUGUAGUCGCUUCAUCGAGGAUUUUGAGAUCUACACGUCUGUGCUAUAUGAGUUGAGGGAGCUCGACUAUGCUGCGAUGGAGAAGGGCAUGAAUCGAAACCGGAUCCAGCUAGCACUAGCGGUGGAAUCCCCUGAUCCGGACAUGCUGACUGAGGAUCCGACAAGUCCGCAACCUUCGGAUCCGGAUCCGCGGGGUCUGGAUCCCGAACUUAGCGAGCAAGUUCCGAGCCUAGAUCCGAUGCCUGCCUGUGUGAAGGUGUCAAACCCCGAGAAGGCCACUUUUGCAGAUCUAGAUCCCCGGUGGAUCCAUGCUCACAGAUCCUUCAAGGUGCUAAAGGAGAAGGUCGCAUAG